CGUGUCUGUUUUGAAAAAGCCUCUUUUGCUAACUCGGUGUUUGUCAGUCCAGGAUUAGACAGCUAAUACGAUGAGCUGAAGUUAUCCUUAGUGACAACACUGUGCUGGAAUUAGCUUGUUGGCUAGGUUAAAUAACCGACGUUAUGCGAUCACAUGAGUUGUAAACGACGUUGCAAGAGAAUAUCUUUAGCUCAGGUGAGAAUGGAAUGGGCGCGUCCCAAAAUAGUUAGUUGGCAGCAACAUCGAUGUCUGUUGCCCUAUUUGCCUCUUGGCAACAUAUCUUCGCCUGCUAGUUAACUAGUUAAAGGGGAACUCCACUCAAACUAUAUUUAGGGAUGUUUUUUUUCAUCGUUAGUCCACUGUUGAUACAGUCCCGAAAUGUUUUGCAUGUCAGCAGUCAAGUUUUGAAGAUAUUGGACUUUCAAGAAGCAAAGUGUGUCACUGACCUCAGCACCAACUACGUUCAGCGCUAUUGGACUAUAGUCCGGGGGGAUCCUGACACUCGUUCUGAACAUUAAAACACAUCUCUUGCUGUACGGUUUUGGAAACAUAGGAAGAUUUUUUAAUAUUUUUUAUUACUGCACACCUUUUUAUAGGAGGGUAGGAUUAGUGUUCCCACAACGGACACAGCGGCCACCUGUGUUAAUUAGCUGUCUAGCGUACUCUGAACAUCUCCGUGUAAGGCUAACUGGAGGAAGUGUAUGUAGUAAAUCAACUGGAGGAAGUGUAUGUAGUAAAUCAACUGGAGGAAGUGUAUGUAGUAAAUCAACUGGAGGAAGUGUAUGUAGUAAAUCAACUGGAGGAAGUGUAUGUAGUAAAUCAACUGGAGGAAGUGUAUGUAGUAAAUCAACUGGAGGAAGUGUAUGUAGUAAAUCAACUGGAGGCACACACAGUAUGGAUCUGUUCAAAACAGCUACAGCCAGUCUGUCUGUGUGGGGAUGGGGGGGUCUAGGAGUGGUGCUGUUCCUUAUCACUUUUGGACCCUUCGCUGUCUUCUACCUGGCCUUCUAUAUUUUCUGCUUCGUAGGAGGUGGUUUUGCGGUCACUCUGUUGUUUGGGAAAACCAACUCAGAGAGACAUCUAGAGAGGUGUGAACACUCCUAUCUUCCGGCCAUGCACACGGGUAUACUGAAGACAUUGGAUGAGAUGAGACUGGAGCCGAAGCCUAUACAGAUAGACAGGAGACUGACUGGCUCCAACUACAUAGACGAGCCUCUUCAACAGGUCAUCCAGUUUGCUUUGAGAGAUUAUAUCCAGUACUGGUAUUACACUCUGAGUGAGGAUGAUUCUUUUCUGCUGGAAAUCAGCCAGACGGUCCAGAAUGCUCUGGUACAGUUCUCCACACGGUCUAAAGAGGUGGACUGGCAGCCUUAUUUGACCACCAGACUGGUGGAUGACUUUGCUACUCACCUUCGAGUCUUCAGAAAGGCCCAAGACAGACUGGAGGACAGUAAACAGAGGGACUUGUCGGAGGAGAUGGUGGAGUCAUUCUUUGAGGCGGAGGUGGAGAUGGAGAGGAACAUCUGUAGAGACGUGGUCUGCACCUCCCUGAAGGAUGAAGAAGGGUUCCUGAGGGAUCUGUGUGAGGUGCUGCUCUACCUGUUACUACCUCCUGGAGACUUCCACAACAAGAACAUGAGAUACUUCCUCAGGGAGAUUCUGGCGCGAGGCGUUCUCCUUCCCCUGGUCAACCAGCUGAGUGAUCCUGAUUACAUCAACCAGUUUGUUAUCUGGAUGAUCCGGGACUCGAGCUGUAACUACGAGGCUUUUAUGAACAUCUUGAAGCUGACAGACAGAGUGUCUGAACUGGAGGCUGUUAAAGACAAGGCCCUGGAGGAACUACAGUACCUACGAUCACUGGACACCGCAGGAGACGAUAUCAAUGUAAUAAAGAACCAGAUCAACAGUCUGAUGUUUGUGAAGAAGGUCUGUGAGACCAGGAUACAGAGGCUACAGUCUGGGAAGGAGGUGGAUGCUCUGAAACUAGUGGCAAACUUGGGCAAGCUGUGCAUCAUACCACUGGAGCACAUUCUGGUACACAACAUCGCCCUGCAGUUCUUUAUGGACUACAUGCUGGUGGCUGGGGCCCAGGCAGAGCUGUUCUUCUGGCUGACAGUGGAGGGCUACAGAGUAACAGCCCAGCAACAACUAGAGGUGAUGGAGGGAUGGCAGAAGGAUGGAAGGAAGGGAGGAGACACUAAAGGACUGCUGAAGGCUGCAGCACUAGGGGUGUAUGAACAGUACUUAUCUGAUAAGGCGUCCCCCAGGGUGCAGGUAGAUGAGGCGUCUGUUCUCCAACUGGGAGAGAAGCUGCAGAAGGACAGCGACCCCACGCCAGAGAUAUUCGACGACAUCCAGACCAAGGUGUAUGACAUGAUGCUUCGUGAUGAGAGGUUCUACCCUUCGUUCAGACAGAGUCCUCUCUACAUCAGGAUGUUAGCUGAGCUGGACAUGCUCAAAGAACCCUCCUAUAGAGGAUCAGAUGACGGAGACGGAGAAUCGUUCAACGGUUCUCCAACAGGAAGCAUUAAUCUGUCUCUGGAUGACCUUUCAAACUCCUGCCAUGAUGACAAUAUACAGCUACACGCCUUCAUCUCUGAUACAGGGGUGUGUAACGACCACGGCAAGACCUACGCCCUCUACGCCAUCACGGUGUUGCGCCGUAACCACGACGGCAGCGAAGACUCCUGGAAGACCUACCGACGCUACUCUGACUUCCACGAUUUCCACAUGAGGAUCACGGAGCAGGUGAAGUUUGAGAAUUUGACGGCGAUCCUGAAGCUGCCGGGGAAGAAGACGUUCAACAACAUGGACAGAGACUUCCUGGAGAGGAGGAAAAAGGACCUGAACUCGUACCUACAGCUGCUGUUGAAUCCAGAGAUGAUGAAGGCCUGUCCUACUCUGGUUCACUACGCCUACGACUUCCUGGAGAAUAAACAGUACAGCAAGGGGAAGGGAGAUUUCGCUCGCAAGAUGGAUACGUUUGUGAACCCCCUGCGUAGCUCGAUGCGUAACGUAUCCAACGCUGUGAAGGGCCUGCCAGACAGUCUGGCUGGAGGGAUGAACAAGGCAGCUGACAACAUGGGACGCAUGUCAGAGAAACUGGGACAGGACAUAAAACAGGCCGUGUUCAAGGUGCCUCCAAUGCUCCCCAAGUCUGACUUUGACCCAGAGCACUGCCGAGUCUCGGCACAGCUGGACGACAACGUAGAUGAUAACAUCCCCCUGCGUGUGAUGCUGCUGUUGAUGGAUGAGGUGUUUGACCUGAAGGAGAGGAACCAGUGGCUCCGCAGGAACAUCAAGAACCUUCUGCAGCAACUCAUCAGAGCCACAUACGGAGACACUAUCAACAGGAAGAUCGUGGAUCAUGUGGACUUCAUGACAGCUCCAGAACAGGUGGCCGACUACGUCAAGAAGUUCCGGGAUUCGUACUGGCCCAACGGAAUCCUGGCCGAGUCUCCGCCACGCAGGGACAAGAACAUCCGCAUGAGGACGAGGGUCGCGGCCAAGACCAACCUAUUGGGAAUCAUGCCAGAUGAGUUGAAGCACAUCAUCGGGGCGGAUACGACUCGUAAGGGAAUCCUGCGUGUGUUUGACAUGUUCCAACACGGACCAAUGAAUCGUCGGCUGGUCUACGUGCUCCUAGAGGGCUUCCUGGAGACCCUGUUCCCUCACUACAAGUUCCCUGAGCUGUUUGUUAAACUCCACUCUCGCUCGCCGCGCACAGCCAGAUACACACAGAAAGUCAAGAACACCUUCCCGAAGAGGUGACAGGAGACUGGAAGUGGGCAGGGUUACCGGGUGACACCCGGUGUAAGAGAAAAGAGGGAGGAGAGUUGUGGGGAGGGUGUGUGCUGUUGAGAAAAGGUUAACGUGUGUGUGUGUGUUCUGCCCUCGUUCGAAGGGAUUGUUGGGACCAUCCUAGUUGUUAACUCUGCCCUGCUCUCCACUUCCCCUACGUGCCUCACAAACACACUCCUGUAGCGUGGACAAACUGAUUUGGGUUUUAUUUGUUUUAUGCUAACUGUUUUAUUGUAGAUGUGUUGUCAGACUGGCACAGCUGCUCUGAUGAGAGCUGCUCUGAUAUGCCCAGCAGGUGAUCUCACUUCCUGAUACCAGGCCGCGUAUACAGAAAUAGAUUGAUAGGGGAGGGGGGAAUAUGGCAUAGAGGAUGCCAUGGUUUGUGAGACAGAAAGCAUCAACCACAUCUGGUUCUGCAAGGUGUUUGUUUGUCACGUUUUUGUUGGCUUUUUCUUUUGUUUUUGUUUUUCGUGUCAAUGUGACGUCAUAAUCCUCUAGAACACGAGGAGGCUGAGUUUGAUCUAAAGUCCACUCCCCCUUUUUAAUGCGCCUGUCAGUAGCCAUGACAACCACAGCUCUAACUGUUUUUGUUUGUUUGUUUACGGGGAUGAUGGACAGCUCUACUGUGCUUCAUGUUCAUGGAAAGCAGGAUAUAAACAGCUCCCCUGCCGGUGAGGCCUGGGUAAAUGUGAAAUGGCCCGUUCUAAUGGACUGACACAGUCUCAUAGUAAUCCACUACAUUUUGGAAUGAGACAGAAUGAAAUGACAGGCCAGAGUGUGAAUGGUGCUGUCUGUAGAGUAGAAUGUACUCACUGGGCGUAUUUGUGUUUGAGUGUGUGUGUGUGUUUGAGAGUGUGUGUGUGUUUGAGAGUGUGUGUGCGUUUGAGAGUGUGUGUGCGUUUGAGAGUGUGUGUGCGUUUGAGAGUGUGUGUGCGUUUGAGAGUGUGUGUGC